UGCUAGAGAAUCACAUGAAUCAGUCUGCUACUGCCAUACUAAAAGCUGUUGAUAAUCUACAGCUCUGUAUUACCUUUCCUCCGUCCCUACGAUCCUGGUAAGGACUGACAAAUCAUAUUGUGAAAGUAAACCACAUCCCAUCCUGUGCUGAGCUGAUUGGUGCUGCUUUCUAUGCAUUUGUACUAUUUUUGAUUACUGUUGACACUCUUCAGAUUGUCUCUGUGGUUGUUUUUGUGUCAAUCACAAAACGUCAGUGCACUCUAACUGGAUUUGGACAAAGUGCUUUGCACACAAAUGGAAGAUAUAUCUCCAGGAAUAUUACCGUAUCGUCAAGAGCAACUAUAAUGCAAUUCUAAGAGAUUUAAUAGAUAAAUUAAAGAAAUAUUCUGGGAAAAUGAACGUACUGAAAUAUAAUAUUCCUCCUGCAUCCUCCUAAAGACUGGAUAAGCUGCAAAACAGGAAAAAUCUAACCUCUGCAGAGACCUGGAGAUGCAGGUGGACAGGCUGGAGGAGAGGAGGACAGUCCUUUAUCCCUGUUAACUCCACAGGAAGUUACUGCACCAUCCACUACAAAAGACUGCAAUAAGCUGUGCUCCACAAGGGAAAAGUUGACCCAUCCCCCAAACAGUUGUCUCCACAGAACCCCAACUGACCUAUGCGUAAUUCCUGGGCUGGUUACACUGGACCUGUAGAAUUGACUCUGGAACAGCAGGAUCCAGAUACAGCGGGAUUAUUUUCAAGUAGUCACUUUAGUGAAAGCUUUGGUUUUCUGGAUAAGUUUAUAGGAACCAGAAAAGCAUUUUGGAUUUACAAGUGAAAAUCAUUAAUUUGUGUGCAAGUAUCAGGCGUGAACAGUAGCUUCAUCUCAAAAUUAACAUGUAAUAAUUUGUAAAUGGGUUGAAUGAUGAAAACAAUUAAAAUGGAAGAAUCAAUGUACACGUACAGCAUAAAUAUUUCUGAAGUUAACCCUAAUGGCUCUAAGCCUCAGUUUGCAGAUUUUGACUCAUGCCAAGCUUCUUCACCUGUAAUGUUCCUAUUGAUUCUUGCAUAUAGUGUAGUGACCAUAAUAGGACUUUUUGGUAAUCUCUGUCUUAUAUUCAUCAUAAAACGGCAGAAAGAAAAUCAUAAUGUUACGAAUAUCUUGAUUGCAAAUCUUUCUGUAUCUGAUAUCCUUAUCUGUGUCAUGUGUAUUCCAUUCACUGUUGUGUACACUCUGAUGGACUACUGGGUAUUUGGAGAUGUGAUGUGCAAAGCAAACUCAUUUAUUCAGUGUGUAUCUGUCACAGUGUCUAUAUUUUCCUUAGUACUGAUUGCUAUUGAAAGGCAUCAGCUAAUUGUGAACCCACGGGGCUGGAAGCCUGCUGUUUCCCAUGCCUGUUGGGGGAUUGUACUGAUCUGGUUUAUAUCUUUAAUAAUCUCAUUUCCAUUUGUUGUAUUUCAUCUACUUACAGAUGAUCCUUUUAGAAACGUCUCUUCCCAUUCAGAAUUCUACAAAGAUAAAUUUGUAUGCAUUGAGAUCUGGCCAUCAGAAGUAGACAGACUUGUCUUUACAACAUGCCUCCUCAUUCUUCAGUACUUUGCACCACUGUGCUUUAUAUUUGUUUGCUAUCUGAAAAUCUUUAUAUGUCUAAAGAAAAGAAAUGGUAUGGUGGAUAAAAUAAGAGAAAAUGAAAGUAGAAUAAAUGAAAGCAAAAGAAUAAACAUGAUGCUGAUCUCAAUUGUAGUGGCAUUUACAGUCUGCUGGCUGCCUUUGAACAUCUUCAAUGUUGUCUUUGACUGGAAUCAUGAAGCUCUGAUGAACUGCCACUAUAAUCUUGUAUUUACACUGUGCCAUCUUACUGCAAUGAUAUCGACCUGUAUUAAUCCCAUUUUCUAUGGAUUUCUCAAUAAGAAUUUCCAGAAGGACUUACAUAUGCUAAUUCAUUGCAAAUACCAAUCAACCCAGGAAGAGUAUGAGAAUAUUGGGCUCUCAGCCAUUCAUACAGAUGUGUCCAAAUUCUCACUAAAAGUGAACAAUUCUUCCCCAAAUAUAUAAAGUAAUUUUCAAAUUGAUCAUAUUUUACAAAGAUAUCUAAUUAUUUGAUAGAUAAUUAGAAUAGACUGGAUUUUGAUAUUGACAAGUUUACCUAUGAUUUGGAAACCAUUCUUAAAUUAACGAUAGAACAAAGGGUUAUUAGUAGAAUGUCCAUCGAAAGAGAUUUAUUCAUUCCUAAAUUAACUAUGUGAAUACUUGAUGAACCGAUAUCAUGCUAGAACAGCUUCACCCAAGUUUUUGUAUUAGUUAUACUCAAGGUACUGCUAACAACACACUUUUUAAAUAAUGUCAGCACAUCACUAUUGCAUUCCGUAACUCUGAAUUUGCAUUAUUUACAAUGCUUGAUACAGAUAUUCUAUAGUUAUUAAGUUCCUUUGUGUCAGUGGUUUUUUUUUGUCUCAAUAUUUGGUUUAUUUACUGCAUUCAAAAAGUAACCAUUCAUAUAAUGCCCUCACAGUAACUAACUCAACUUUUACAACACAAAGGACAAGUUCAGGGCUGAAUGUUCAAAUAACCUUCUUGAAGCAAAGACAACAUGCUGAACUAUUCAUAAAGCAAAUGAAAUUUUACAGCAGAACGACAACCAGACUCAUGGUCUUGUUGAUAUUCAUGUUUCAGCUCUCAGCUGAAGCUGAUAAGAACUAUUUUUAAAUGAAACAUUGCACUUCAGAAAUAUUAUACAUGAAGUGAAAUUUACACUAAAUAUUAGAUACAGACAAGUGGCAUUAAAAUGGGGCUCUUAAGUGGGUUAAUUGCUUAGUGGUUUUGGAAAAAGUUAAUGAUAAUUAUAGAUAUGUAAUUGAAUUAGAAACACAUAGAUAUAGCACUCGAUUUCACUGCCGAGGCAGGAGAUUUCCUGGCUUAGUGCCUUCACUUUGGGAAAGUAUUCUGAUUGAGCAUGAGAUGGAUUUGAGCCCAUUGCCCCCAUAGAUUGGAGGUAGCCACAAGGGACUGCUGAGUGGCAAGACAGGCUUUUUAAAAGUCUAGCCUCAUUUUUCCCUUUGGUUCUUUGUCUGAGUUAUUUUGUUAAAUAUUAAGCCCUCUAGCCCUCAUACCUCAUUAUACUCCCAUUUAUCCCCUAUAUCCCAUCUAUGUCAACCAAUGCUGCCACCCACCCUCCAUUGCCCCUUAUAGUAUUCAUGCCAAAUUAAUGCCAACUCAUUCCAACCACCCACACCCUUUUCCCUUGUAUGUUCUAUGUCAACCUCUCCGCAAUCUAUCAUGAACUGAAUGUCAGAGCCUUGUUAAGAUGAACUAAAAUAAAGACCUAAAUAUUUAUUGCAGCUUUAAAUAUAAUAAACACUCACACUCAUGAAAGCCAAUUAAAAACUUCUUAAAAAGCCCCUCAAGAAUUUAAACCUUUAUUAAAACAGACAGAUUUGUAUUCAGAAGCCCAUAUCGCAACAGAUAAAUGUUUCAUAAUCUGUUUGAGUUAUGUACUUACAAACAUCAUGAGGAUAAGAUUUCAGAAAGCAGCCAAGUGUUAAGAAUGAAAUAAUGAUUAUCCUUGAGACAUUGUUAACAUACAGCAUUGUAACUAUCAAGACAGAUAUUUUUCAACUCAGACUGACACAGGCAGGCCACUUUUUUUGAAUUUUUGAAGGGCAGGGGAUUUAAAUAACUUCACAGCUUGAGUUUUGUUUUUAACGCUCACUGAUGGAGGCAGGCUGUGCUUUUUGGUCUUUUAAAGAGUUGAGGAUUUUAAAAACUUGAUAUCUUGACAGUUCUGCGUGCUUUAUCCAUCCUUUAGAGGAUUUAUGUAUUAUCCAUAUAUUAAUGGCACUCAUACUGCUGUUAAAACCCUUUGCUGCAGUGAAAAUGAUGUCUAAUUGACCUUAGUGUUAAGUUCAAAUGGACCUGCUAAGUUUCAGAUAUGAUGGCUAGUUAAAUCAACAUCCUCUACACUCAUGUAUUCAAAUCGAUACCUGAUCAGUGAAACUGAGUUUUAAUAUGUACUGACUACUUUGUAUAAGUGUACACUAUCCAAAGAUAAUAUAAUAUUGAACAGAUAUAUUUGGCUAAAUUAUUUUUAUGGAAGUAUGCUAUCAAUUUACACUUAUUUCAAACAGUAAGUCAUAAUCUACAACUUUCCAAUACUUGUUAGAUUUGGUGUAUUUCAAUGUUUCACAUGGUUCAAUACCAAAGAUAAGCAGCAUCUGUAAAGCAAAGAAAAAUAUUUUUAUUUUACAGCAUCGCUGAGAAGCUAUUAAAAGAGCACUAACUUCACACAAGGAAGUUUGGCAAACCUUUUUUGUAUGUUCACUAAAGCAAUGCAAUUACACAUAAUUACAAAUUACCAGGACCAAAUUAAUGCAUGACCUCUCUCUCCUACCUCCCAAAGAGCUAACCAUGGUGUCCUGAAGAGAUUGUAUUCUCCAGACCUCCAUAAGUGUACAAAAUAAACAACACAAUAAGAAUACUGCAAGUAAAAGGGACAAGUAAAGAAACAAAAGAUGAGUUUAUAGGAAUAUAGUGAGAAGCCCUAUACCUUGUUUUGAAUACUCACAUUCAGUAACAUUAUUAUUAAUAUAGUGCAUCAUGCACCUGAUACCAUACAUCUGUGUCAAAUUCCAUUAUGAAGUAACUGGACAAAAUAUGCAGAUUCAUUUGAGUGAUGGGGAGAGUUUUUUAAUUUUCACUUAAAAACUAGAUGUAAUAAUUUUAAAAAGUCAGUAAAUAGAUGCUUAUUUAAAUGUCAAUAAAAUGUUAUACAUCUUCAGGUUACUGUAUUUCUUCAUGCUGCCAUCCAUCAGCAGACAUUUGAUAUGGCGUAUAAAAUACACAAUUUAGUGAAAUUGUGGACAUUUGUUUAGUUUACUUAACUUGGUUUAAUGGAAAAAGUUAUUUUUGAACGGAAAUAAUGUUAUAAUCAUCGAGAUAUUUAGGUUUCCUGUGAAGCCUAAACUGCUGACGGAAUUAAACUUGCUCUGUAGGUAUUUGUUGUCAGCAGUUCAAAGGUAACCACUAAAUUUUAUUUCAAUAGCAUACCGUCUGAUUAAUGGCAGAAAUGACAAUUAAUACCCACAUACUGCAAACCACAAAAACUUACUUCUUCUAAAAUAGUGACUUGGUUGAUUUAUAUUUUAUGCAUAAAUGUAGUGGAUGAUAACUAUUUGAACAUUAAAGUGAAGAUUAAACACUGACCCUAAAAAAUGCAUAGUUAUAGUCAAUGUUAUUGUAAUAACUCAUAUGAUAUCUGUUGAUGUGCUUUAAAUUUAAAUAUUUCAAAAUUGUUAUCUUUCCAUCCUAUUUGCACAAAUUAGAAGACUCUAUUCAGUAAAUAAUUUUCUGAUGUAAAUGUUUCUCCCUGAAAUCUAGCUAAUGUGAUUAUAUUUUCUGAUUACAUAACUUGGAUUGAUGCCGAUUACAUAUAUAAGAUUUUGUCAAGAUUAUUUUUCCAUUUUACAUUAAAGUUUGCAACUGGACAGCCCAUUAAAAGUUUAAUUCAGAUGUUACAAGAAGCCUGUGUGCAGAAUUGCCAUUUGAAGUCUACCGUUAAUUAUAAUCACUAUAAAAAUUGCAUUCCAAGGGAAAAUAUUCUUCAAGUUGACAACCACAAAUCAUGCCACAUAAGUAAACCUAAUAUGUAUAUUGAUAAUUUGGCUAAGAUAUGUCAAACAAAUCUAUCCAAACCUUAAAAUAUUAGUUACUUUUCACUGACUUUGAAUUAAUGAUCAACAAUUAUAAAAAUUUAAAAACAGCUCACCUUACUUUAAAAGAUUUAACUGUUUAAUCAGUUACUUUGUGCAAAAUGUUUGCAGCAAUUUGUAAUAAUAAAUGGCUGUUUCAACGUUUCCAUGUAAUGUGUUGGUUUGCUGUUAAACAUGAAUUGAUAUAAAAAGUAUUGCAUGGGCAUAUUGAAUAAUUAUGGGAAUGUGUUUUAGUUGCUCACUGGUCUGCAUGUUGUAUGAAAUAUGAAAAUUAACUUCAUAGUACCUAUUUUCUUGUGCUUUAUUCAGCUAAACUUCUUGUGGACUGCAUAUAUCUUGUUAAUUGUUCCAAUAAAAAGUCUUGAUUAAGCCAA